AUGGAGCAAUAUGAAGUUCUAGAGCAAAUUGGGAAAGGGGCUUUCGGUUCUGCACUUCUUGUCAGGCAUAAGCAUGAAAAGAAGAAGUAUGUGUUGAAAAAGAUUCGGCUUGCUCGCCAGACUGAUAGAUCACGGAGAUCUGCGCACCAGGAGAUGGAGCUCAUUUCUAAAUUACGAAAUCCAUUUAUUGUGGAGUACAAGGAUUCUUGGGUGGAAAAGGGUUGCUAUGUGUGCAUUAUUAUAGGUUAUUGCGCAGGAGGAGACAUGGCAGAAGCUAUAAAAAAAGCCAAUGGUCUUCUUUUCCCUGAAGAGAAGCUCUGUAAGUGGCUUGUUCAACUUCUAAUGGCGCUCGACUAUUUGCACUUGAAUCAUAUUCUUCAUCGUGAUGUCAAGUGUUCUAAUAUAUUCUUGACAAAAGAUCAAGAUAUACGUCUUGGUGACUUUGGACUUGCCAAAAUGUUGACUUCAGAUGAUCUUGCCUCUUCAGUUGUGGGAACUCCUAGCUAUAUGUGUCCUGAGCUUCUUGCGGAUAUACCUUAUGGUUCAAAAUCAGAUAUUUGGUCUUUGGGAUGCUGCAUCUAUGAAAUGACUUCUCAUAAGGCCGCAUUUAAAGCAUUUGAUAUACAAGCACUGAUUAACAAAAUUAACAGGUCCAUAGUUGCUCCCCUUCCCACAAAGUACUCUGCUGCAUUCCGAGGCCUUAUUAAAAGCAUGCUUCGGAAAAACCCAGAACUCAGGCCAAGUGCUGCAGAGCUGCUUGCUCAUCCACACCUUCAGCCUUAUGUUCACAAAGUUCAUCUCAAAAUCAAUAUCCCCAGACAUGGAACUUUAGCAGUAAAUUGGCCUGAUCCCAGUUAUUUGAAGAAAACAAGAUUCGCAGAGCCAGAAGAUGCUCGUUUCUUCACAUACCAGGAUAAGCGGCAUACGUUAAGCAAUGAUAGGACUUUGAAUCCUAGUAUAUCUGGAGGUGAGCAAGAUUCACUGUGCUCUACCCAAGAAAUGCAUGACAAGCCAAAUUAUCUGAAACAACAAUUGGCAGGACUGUCUGCUGGUAGAACCUUUAGAAAAGCAGCCAUAUCCAAGCAGCCAAUUGCUUCCAAAACUUCAAAUAUUGUUAAGACUCGAGCUCCAGCCAAAGCUUCGGCUACUCCCAAGAGAUGGAUGGAGCCAAAGAAUCGCUCAUCACUUCCUGUUUCAUGCACUUCCAAAAAGGCAGUAAGUACAACUCGCAGAGCAUCAUUGCCAUUACCAACAAGUGCUGCAACUCACCAAUCCCCCUUCCGGCCCAAUAUUGGUUUUCUUCACUUUAUUAAAUCUCCUGAUGUUUCUGUCAAUUCCCCUCGAAUUGACAGAAUAGCUGAAUUUCCAUUAGCCUCAUAUGAAGAACAAUUAUACGAAGAACAGUUUUUGCCUAUCCAUAGAAGAACUUCAUCACACUCUGUGCAAGGCUCGUCUGGUUCUCCGCAAUCUGAUGACCAUUCAAUCAUGAAGGACAAAUGUACAGUUCAGACAUGUGACAGAGCGUCUCGCAAACUUAGUUUCGCUGGUGCGUGGCAGGGAAUUCAAUCCAGCAUGUUCCAAGCUGAACGAGACAAUCAAAGUGAUGAAUGUUCUGAUCAAAAUGCGACUGCUGGAGCGUCAAGCCGGACAUCAUCAGACACACGUCGCAGGCGGUUUGACACCAAAUCAUUCCAGCAAAGGGCUGAAGCUUUAGAAGGGCUGCUUGAAUUUAGUGCAAGGUUACUCCAACAUCAAAGAUAUGAUGAGCUUGGGGUGUUGCUGAAGCCUUUUGGGCCUGGUAAGGUCUCCCCUAGGGAAACUGCUAUUUGGCUGACUAAGAGCAUCAAGGAAAAUACUGUCAAGCAGGAUGAUUAA